AUGGCGUCCAACUUAUUGUUGCGGGUGUUUACAGCAGACGACCUUCGAAAUGAGGAGGAAUUACUCGUUGCGCUCCUGGAUAUGGUCAACAAGACAUACAGAUCCCAUCACGAAGAAGGCAUCAUAAGUCGGUUUGCAACCUCGGACGAAAUCUGGCGAGAACUUGGUGAGGAUGGGCAGUGUGCCGUCAUUCAAAUUCCGGAAAGAGGAGGCCUACCGGUCGCAAUGGCGUGCGCCAAACGGUGGAAAAGUCACGCUGAAGAGGAACACCCGGUCGGAGAGACAAAUGAUUGGGAGAUUGGUCCCGUUGCUUCCCGAAACGACUCCCAGUAUCGAAAGAAGGGUUUGGCUGACCGAUGCCUUAUUGCUUUAUACGACGCAGCGCGGAGCCGCUCUGGAGAGAAAAAAUUCGUCAGGUUUUGGGUAAGGCUCAUCGAGAAUCGUGUGGCGGACUACUGGAGGAAAAAGGGGUUCGUGCAAGUCGGACCGAGGUGGCUCAUCCCCAAGGGAGAAUGGCACAAGGAGAAAGAAUUCGUAAUGAUUCAUAUGUGUAAGGAAAUUUUGAGGGUUGCGGACGACGAAGCUUCGGCGAACUGGCACUAA